GCGGGCGGGAGUGCCGGUUGUGUCCCGGACGGACUCGCGCAGCUCAGAAGGCUCCGAGGGGAGGGCACUCGGACGCUGAGAGCGGAGGCCCUACCGGCGGCGCUAGGACCCCGUGGGGGAGCAGCGUGGGCGGAGCGGGCGGCACCAGGACCCGGGGGAACUUCGACGGGCGGGCGGCGAGCAGGCCCCGGGGCCGGGAGGCUGCAGGCGGCGGCGCUGGGCCCGGCGCGACGAGAGAGUCCCGGAGAUGCCGAGCAAGAAAAAGAAAUACAACGCGCGGUUCCCGCCGGCGCGGAUCAAGAAGAUCAUGCAGACGGACGAAGAGAUUGGGAAGGUGGCGGCGGCUGUCCCUGUCAUCAUCUCCCGGGCGCUUGAGCUCUUCCUGGAGUCGCUGUUGAAGAAGGCCUGCCAGGUGACCCAGUCGCGAAACGCCAAGACCAUGACCACAUCCCACCUGAAGCAGUGCAUCGAGCUGGAGCAGCAGUUUGACUUCUUAAAGGACCUGGUGGCAUCUGUGCCUGACAUGCAAGGGGAUGGGGAAGACAACCACAUGGACGGGGACAAGGGCGCCCGCAGGGGCCGGAAGCCAGGCAGCAGCAGCCGGAAGAAUGGUGGGAUGGGCAACAAAGGCAAGGACAAAAAGCUGUCAGGAACAGACUCAGAGCAGGAGGAUGAGUCUGAGGACACUGACACUGAUGGGGAAGAGGAGACACCGCAGGCUCCACCCCAGGCCAGCCAUCCCCCUUCCCACUUUCAGAGCCCCCCAACACCUUUCAUGCCCUUCACCUCGACUCUGCCUCUGCCCCCAGCACCCCCUGGCCCCUCAGCACCUGAUGCAGAAGAAGAAGAGGAUUAUGACUCCUAGCGCCCUCUGCCCCCCAGGCCACACCCCCUUUUAGUUGGUUUUAGUUGUUCUGGGGGGAGGAGAGAAGGUAGAGCUGUUCUUAAAUUUAUUAAAAAAAAAAAUAAUAAAAGGGAACAUCAGCGUC